AUGGAGGAGGUGAUAGCUUUUGGUGGUAUCCCGGAUCCUGCUUCCGUGGACAGGUGCUUUAGUCACCGGAUUCAGUCUCAGCCGGAUGCCGAUGACAUACAGAUGGGGAUGAGGGCCGCCAAGCUUCGAGAUAUUGAAGCAAAUACAGAAAUGAAAAGAAAGACUUUGCACUAUUGGUUUGCAAGCACUUCGAACACCAACCAUGUUGUUGUUCCUGAACCAGCAGCAACACAAAUUCCGAACUUGAACCAUCUUACUCCAACAAUUGAGAGCAGUAAUCCCCCAACAGAUGAGAGCACUAUCCCUCCUUCAAACGAGAGCACUACCCCCCCUUCAAUCGAGACCACCAACCGCCCAACUGAUGAGAGCACAAACCAACCACCAACACCAAAGCUUCUUAUCCAAGAGUUUCACCCAAGUCAAAUUUUUGGUGAUCCGGUAGAUCGAAUACCAAUAGAAGAUUAUGCCCCUAAAAUUCGAAGUGAAGUUAGAAGAGCUUAUUUGUUGAAAGGAAGAAACAAAGCUGAAGGGCAUAAUUUUGAAAUCACAUUGGAUGGUACAAUCCAGAGAUCUUUUCAACCACAAUGGCUAGAUAGGUUCGAUUGGCUGGAAUAUAGUGUGAAAAAGGAGGCUGCCUAUUGCUUCCAUUGUUUUCUUUUUAAGAAACCAUCACAGGUUGCUACAUUUGGAAAUGAUGUAUUCACAUUACAUGGUUAUCGUCGUUGGAAAACAGCUUUGGGAAAUUUUCAAAAACAUAUUGGUGGUCCAUCUAGUUACCACAAUAACGCUAUAGGCUUGUGUGAUGAUUUCAAGAAUCAAAGGGCAAAUGUGGCAACCAGAUUCCGUGUUUACAAUAAAGAGGCUGAGAUAGCCUACAAAAUCCAUUUGACUGCAUCCUUAGAUUGUGCAAGGUAUCUCAUAGCACAAGGGGAAGCUUUCCGUGGGCAUGAUGAAUCCUUCAAUUCAAUCAACAAAGGGAAUUUUAGGGAGCUCUUGGAUUGGUACAAGUGCAAGCGGAAAGAUGUGGAGGAGGCAUUUGAUAAGGGGCAAGAUAAUGCACUUAUGAUAUGUGGAGAAAUUCAAAAGGAUCUUGCUGCAUGUUGCGCAAUGGAGGUAACCAAAGUCAUCAAGAGUGAGCUUGGACAUAAGAAAUUUUCAGUUCUAGUCGAUUAG